AUUAGUCUAGAAGUGCUUCAUAAAGCACAAGAAUUAGGAUAGAUUGUAAAAUAACUCUAAAUGAAAUAGCCAGCAAUAAAUAUGUGGCUGAAACACAAUUUCUUUAAAAAUUUUAUUAACAAUGAUUAUCACUGGUAGUGAUGGACUCUUUUAUUGUAACCCAUAGUUCAUUAGUGCCUUGAUUGAAGUACGUUAACAGCAUAAACAUGCACUUUUUGAAGUGGAAUUUAACAUACAUAUUGGGUCAUUUUCAGACACCAAUUAUAUUACAAGUUAUAUAAGUUGUCAGGUAUUGAGCAAAUUUUCUAAUGCAUUGAUAUUAAUCAAGGCAGCUUAUGGUGACGCAUUUUUGCUGUAGGAUUACAUUAGAAGUACAUUAAACUAUCAAUACAUUUAUCUAUAAUCCAAACGAUGGUUUGACAAUGUAUCUUCCGUCUAGCAUAAGCAUUUAUCUUCAGAAUACAAGAAGUAAUCAAAAAUUUAAUAUAAUAUAAUUACAAGGAUUAGGGCAUUGUUGUAAAACUAUUGA